AUGGAAGAGUCCACUAGUAGCUCGCUCCACGACCAGGCGAAGUCCAAGAGCAAAGCCAAGAAUCUGUUUUUACCAAGAAAAUCAACUUCCGACAGUGACAUAGAGCUCAGACCUUUGCAGGAAGGGAGCCUAAAAGACAUCAAGGCUACUAGCACCCAGAAGGAAGAGUCAACAAUCACACCAGUUGGAUUUUUUCAAUUGUUCAGAUAUUCAACUUGGUUUGAAGUUUUCAUAAACUCUAUCGGAGUACUAGCAGCCGUUGCGGCAGGCGUUGCCCAGCCCAUGAUGACCCUCCUUUUUGGUCGACUGACGGAAGACUUCGUUAAUUUCGCCCAAAUAUCCUCACAAGCACAGAGAGGGGUACCAGAAGCUGUCAAUCAGCUUGGACAGGCGGCACUGGAUUUCAGAAGUGCUGCUGCAAAGAAUGCUACCUAUCUUGUCUACAUUGGCGAAGUUAACGCUAAGCGUAUUCGCGAACGUUACCUUGAAGCCGUCCUUCGUCAGAAUAUUGCUUUCUUCGAUAAUGUAGGACCCGGAGAAGUGGCAACGCGGAUUCAAACAGACACUCAUUUGGUGCAGCUGGGGAUGUCAGAAAAGGUGGCUUUGGUAGCAAGUGCAGCUGGGGCAUUUAUAGGAGGAUUUGCUUUGGCCUACGCAAGAUCUUGGCGGCUAGCACUGGCGCUUACCUCAAUCUUACCAUGUGUAGGAAUAUCAGGCGCCGUAAUCACCAUUUUUAACGUCAAGUUUAAGCAACAGGCUUUACAACACGCAGCUCAGGGUGGAAGUCUUGCCGAAGAAGUAAUAUCGACAGUGAGAACAACUCAGGCGUUUGGUACUCAAGGCGUCCUCUCAAGAAUUUACGAGUCGCACACCAAAAAUGCAUUACGAUUAGACAUAAAAGCUGCAAUCUUCCAGGCGGCCGGGCUUGGAGCAUUCUUUUUUGUACUUUACUCGGCGUAUGGAUUGGCAUUCAGCUUUGGCACAACUCUGGUCAAUUCGAACAAUAUUACUGGUGGACAGGCUAUCAACGUGCUUUUAUCGAUUUUAGUUGGAUCUAUGUCAAUGGCGAUGAUGGCUGACGAGAUGCAAGCGAUCUCCAAUGGGCGAAGUGCUGCAGCCAAGUUGUUUGAAACAAUCGAACGAGUUCCCGAAAUUGAUUCGGCUAAUCCCGGAGGACUGAAGCCCCUGACGGUGGACGGUAAUAUUGUUCUGGAAGACGUUCACUUUGCAUAUCCAUCUCGUCCAUCCGUAGAAGUCGCCAAAGGACUAUCUAUAACCUUUCAGGCAGAGAAAACUUCUGCUCUAGUUGGUGCUUCAGGUUCUGGGAAAUCUACAAUUGUUUCCCUUGUGGAACGUUUCUACGAUCCUACACGAGGUUCCGUCAAGUUGGAUGGUCAUAACCUCAAAGAUCUUAACUUGAAAUGGCUUCGCUCACAGAUUGGCCUGGUAUCCCAGGAGCCCAUUUUAUUCGCCACCACCGUCAAGGAGAAUGUCGCCUAUGGGUUACUCGGAACCAAAUAUGAACACGCACCCCAAGAAGAGAAGGAUAUCCUGAUCAGGGAUGCUUGCAUCAAGGCCAACGCUGACGGCUUCAUCUCAAAGCUUCCAAAGGGAUAUAAUACCAUGGUUGGAGAGCGCGGCUUACUCCUUUCUGGUGGCCAGAAGCAGCGCGUAGCUAUCGCCCGAGCCAUUGUAUCCGAUCCUAAGAUCCUACUGUUGGACGAAGCAACUAGUGCACUCGAUACUCACUCUGAAGGAAUUGUACAGGACGCUUUGGAUAAGGCUUCAAAGGGCCGCACGACUAUCACAAUUGCCCAUCGUCUUUCGACUGUUCAGGACGCGGAUGUUAUAUUUGUCAUGAGCGAUGGUCAAGUGUUAGAAUCCGGAACGCAUACUGAACUCCUCAAAAAAAAUGGACCAUAUACUAGGCUUGUGGAAGCACAAAAGCUACGGAAUGGCAAAGAGAUCGGCGACUCCAGGGUUCAGUCUGAUGUGAAUACUGGUGGUAAACAUCUGGAUAGCAAAGAUGAUUCGAAAAUAACCAAUGACGACCAUCAAGUACGCGACAAGGAUCCCAUCGUUCUUGAGAAGGACCACUCUCUACGAUACGUUGUGAAACGUAUUGGCCCGUUGUGCCGGGAUCAAAAAUUCAACUAUGCUUUCGCAGCAAUCUUUGCUUCAGUCUACGGCAUGGUCUACCCGGCCUUUGGGAUUGUUUUCGCCAAAGGGAUAAAUGUCUUCUCCCUCGAAAGUAAAGCAGAGCGACGUUUCCAAGCUGAUCGCACUGCUCUAUGGCUUUUUAUCAUCGCAAUUAUUGCAGGGUUUGCAAUCAGCAUCCAAAAUAAACUUUUUGCUGAGGCUGCUGCUCAUCUGACUGCCAAACUACGCACACGAUGUUUUAAGGCCGUUCUGCGGCAAGAUACAAGCUAUUUUGAUCGAGAAGAGAACAGCACUGGAAGUUUGGUAUCACGCCUAAGCCAGAAUCCUCAAAAAUUUGAGGGUUUGGCAGGGGUAACUCUUGGUGUCUUUGUACAGACCACUGCAACAGUUGUCUCGGGCGCCGUGCUGGGACUUGUGUUUGUCUGGCAAAUCGGUCUGAUUGGUAUAGCUUGUAUGCCUGCGUUGUUGGCCGUUGGCUACGUGCGCCUGAUUGUAAUCGUUCAAAAAGACCAAAAGAAUCGAAAAGCUCAUGAAGAUUCGGCGCAGUUAGCAUGUGAAGCCGCGGGAUCGAUUCGCACAGUGGCCGCCCUUGUACGGGAGGACGAUUGCUUACGAAUGUACAGCCAAAGCUUGGAAGAACCACUUCGGAAAUCCAGCAUAACUGCUUUCUGGAGCGGUAUGCUCUACGCCUUUUCUCAAGCACUUAGCUUCUUUGUGAUAGCUUUGGUUUUCUGGUACGGCUCGGUGCUGGUCUCUCGCGGGGACUGCAGUCUUUUUCAUUUCUUUAUCGGGCUCAUGAGCACAACGUUUGGGGCAAUACAAGCAGGGAACGUGCUAUCUUACGUCCCGGAUGUCUCCGCUGCAACAGGCGCAGGUUCCGACAUUGUCAAGCUUCUUAAUAAAGUUCCCGAGGUCGAUGCGGAAUCCACAGAUGGCAUUGUCGUUCUCGAGAAGGAUAUUCAAGGCCACAUAAAAUUCGAAGAUGUUCAUUUCCGAUAUCCUACUAGGCCUUCCAUCCGCGUUCUUAACGGACUGUCGUUGGAUAUACGGCCGGGUACUUAUGUAGCACUAGUUGGUGCCAGUGGCUCUGGAAAAAGUACAGCAAUACAACUUCUUGAACGAUUCUAUGACCCAAUAGCUGGUCACAUCUGUCUCGAUGGCCAGAAAAUCAAUGAAUUAAAUGUUGGAGAGUAUCGCAAGCAUAUCGCUCUUGUUUCCCAAGAACCGACUCUGUACUCCGGCUCAAUCAAGUUUAACAUUCUCCUUGGGGCAACCAAAGCACACUCCGAAAUUUCGCAACAGGAGUUGGAAAACGCAUGCCGCAAGGCAAACAUUCUGGAAUUUAUUCAAGGACUUCCCCAAGGAUUUGAAACUGAGGUUGGAGGUAAAGGUACUCAAUUGUCAGGUGGUCAGAAACAACGUAUCGCCAUUGCUCGCGCGUUGUUGAGAAACCCUAAAGUCCUCUUGUUGGAUGAAGCCACUUCCGCUCUUGACUCAUCCUCUGAGAAGGUUGUCCAAGCUGCUUUGGAUGAGGCGGCGAGAGGGAGAACGACAAUAGCUAUUGCUCAUCGACUAUCAACCAUACAGAAUGCUGAUCAAAUUUAUUUCAUCAAAGAUGGGAUAGUCAGUGAGACUGGAACACACGAUGAGCUAUUGGCAUUAAAAGGGGAUUAUUACAACUAUGUGCUGCUUCAGGGUUUGAACAAAGAUUGA